AAGGCUUCUGCCCGCUCGCAUGCUUCUUCGAUUUUCGCGUAGUUUUCUGCAGCCUUUUCCGUGCGAUCUUCGUUUUGGGUUCCAUCCGGUGCUCGGACGACGACGAUUCUCCCCGUCGCUCUGGGCUUUCUUUCCUUGUGUGGUUUCUUAGGGUUUCCAUGUCCUCCUCGCUCUGUUGCUUAUUGGUGCGGUAGUGUUAGUCACCGACACGUCCUUGCUCUCGUGAUUCGACGCUUCCGAUGAUGGGUGCCAAGCAAGUGAAAGUACUUUGAAUUAGAAAAGGUUUCUGUUGCCCUUUUCUAGUGGAUAGUGUGGUGGAAAGAAGAGUGUUAUGAAGGCGAUAAACGAUGGGUCAAGCACUUUGCUGUGUGACAGUAGAUCAAUCUUCUGUCGCAAUUAAGGAAUCAUUCGGAAAGUUUGAGGAUGUUCUUCUGCCAGGAUGCCAUUGUAUGCCUUGGUUCCUUGGGAAAAAAGUUUCUGGGCGGCUCUCACUAAGGUUGCAACAGCUGGAUGUUAAAUGUGAAACAAAAACAAAGGAUAAUGUUUUUGUGAAUGUUGUCGCAUCUGUACAGUACCAUGCUCUGGCUGAGAAAGCAAGUGAUGCAUUUUACAAGCUGAGCAACACAAGAUCUCAAAUACAAGCCUAUGUGUUUGACGUAAUCAGAGCGAGCGUCCCAAAACUGAACCUGGAUGAUGCUUUUGAGCAGAAGAAUGACAUUGCAAAGGCAGUGGAAAACGAACUUGAGAAGGCUAUGUCAGCUUAUGGUUAUGAAAUCGUGCAGACACUCAUUGUUGAUAUUGAACCAGACGUACAUGUCAAACGAGCAAUGAAUGAAAUCAAUGCAGCUGCAAGGUUAAGGGUGGCAGCGAAUGAGAAGGCUGAGGCUGAGAAGAUCAUCCAAAUCAAGCGGGCAGAGGGCGAGGCAGAAGCCAAGUAUCUGUCAGGUCUAGGUAUUGCCCGUCAACGCCAAGCCAUCGUAGAUGGCCUGAGGGACAGUGUGCUCGGCUUCUCGGUCAACGUACCAGGCACCACAGCAAAGGAUGUGAUGGACAUGGUCCUAAUCACACAAUACUUCGACACCAUGAAGGAGAUCGGUGCACAGUCCAAAUCUUCGGCUGUUUUCAUACCUCAUGGGCCUGGCUCUGUCCGUGAUGUUGCAGACCAGAUCCGUGAUGGACUGCUUCAAGCAUCCACUCACAACUGAAUUCCUCGUAUAUAGGUGCCGUAUGGUUCUAUCAUCAGUUACUAGAUUGCAUGUUUGAUGUGUGAUACUAUGGCCUAUGCUUUUCUGUACUUUCGAUUGUGAUGUCGAGGGACCAGAGACUCGCUAGAAAUGGCAUUAUGAUACAUAAUACAUGUGUGGCUGUGGAAAUCGAGAUGUGCUUCCUGCAUUUGUU